GACCACCUAUGGCUCUACUCAACACUACGUAAGUAUACCACCGGGGCAGAAAUUCCACGAGAGAGAGGAAGGGUUGUUGAAAAUGAACAGCACGAGCACCUCAGGAGUAGGUGGUGGUGGUGGAGGAGGAGGAAGGUCAUGGGCUUCGGCAACAUCAGUAUCAGCAUCAGGUAAGAGGAUAAGAAAGGAAAUGUUGGAAUUCAACAGUGAACCUCCUCCUGAUUGUUCUGCUGGUCCUAAAGGUGACAAUCUCUACCAGUGGAUUUCCACCAUUUUUGGUCCUCCAGGAUCACCAUAUGAAGGAGGUGUAUUUUUUCUUGAUAUUACAUUUCCAGCCGAUUAUCCAUUCAAACCCCCAAAGGUAGUAUUCAAAACUCGGAUAUAUCACUGCAAUGUCGAUCUUAAUGGAAAUAUCAGCUUGGAUAUCUUAAAAGACAGCUGGAGUCCAGCUCUUACAAUCUCAAACGUGCUAGUUGCGAUCAGAUCAAUGUUUACGAAUCCCAAUCCUUAUAACCCACUUGUCUCGGGUGUUGCUCACUUGUACUUGGAAGAUAGAACUAAACACGACGAAAUAGCAGCAGCAUGGACAGUGCGUUUUGCAAGGUAAAGUCUGAUGAUAAAUGUCGAAAUGGAUGAAGUAACUCAAAUCUUUCAUGUACACAAGAAGGAAGAAAUUUAUCCUCCUGAAACUUUUAUGUAUCCUUCUCCCAUCUGUGUAAGAUUGGAGCUCAUUGCGAGUUCUUGAGAUCUACAUUUUGGCAGCCAACUCAAGUGUUUAUAAUAUACAUUUUUCUGUUUGAUGAAGAACUCCUUGAAUAUGAGUAUAUUUUUGUUUUC